AUGGACUCUAAAGGACGAGGACGAAAACGGGGACCCUACAGACAAUAUCUCAGAGAUACGACUCAACUUCCACCUAAAUUGAAACGAAAGCUUACUAUGGUCAUGGCUGGCGUUGAUCCUAGCCAAGGCGUCAACCCAAGAGAUAUCGAGUCACACCGUACUUCACCACAAGGCUUCCUAUCAGGCAACUCUGAAGAAUCUACUUCAUCUUCAUCUGAUGCAAUCCAUAGGUCCACCUCAACAAGGUCACUUCCUGUAGUGCCAGAUGAUGCCUGUUUUGACUUCGAUGAAUAUUCCUUGUCUACAUCUGAAGAACUAGCCACUGAACACAAUUUGUCUGAUGAAAACGAGGCCUUACUGGGCCAAACAUUGGAAAAUACAGAUACCACUGAAAAAGCUGGAGCAGAAUAUGCUGAUGCAGGGAGUGGCUUAUUAGAAGACUUUGUUUACCCUGGGUGUCCUUUGACAGCCAAGACCAGCUCUGUCUUUAUCUUGCUGUUCGUUCUGCAGCACAAGCUGUCCAACAAAACUGCACAAGGUCUGCUUGACCUCCUCAAUGCCCAUUUUCCUCAAGGUCAUAAGGCAGUAAAAUCGUUAUACAGUCUGAAGAAACUUUUCAAGAAUUCUUUUCAGCCAAUGCAACACAACACCCCUCUAGUAUGCUCUGUCUGUGAAGACCUCCUUCCUGACACUGAGAUAAGCUGCCCCAGACCUGAAUGUCAAAGUGAUGGAUCACCACCAAAUGAAUUCUUGAUGUUCAACAUUGAGGACUCUUUGGCUCAGCUCUUUAAAGAUCAUCACUUUUGUGCAGAACUGUCACGAAAUUUUCAACAAAGAGAUGCAGCAUGUGUCUCUGAUAUUGUCAAUAGCCAAGGCCACAGAAGAGUCUCACAGGUGAAUGCCUCAAAGUGGAAUCUGACACUAACUUUGAACACUGAUGGCAUGACCAUUUUCAAAGUAUCUCGAAGUGGAUCUUUGUGGCCGGUAUAUCUGACCAUCAAUGAGCUCUCUCCAAAGUCUCGCUUUUCACUGAAAUAUGUCAUCAUUUACGCUUUAUGGUUCAAGCCCUCAAAGCCACCUGUGCAAGCAUUUUUUCAACCUCUCAUGGAUCAACUGAUGAGAUUGUCAACAGAAGGAGUGAAGUUUCAAACAGCUGAAGGACAGCAGUUAUGCCAUGCUCGCCUCACGCUAGUUACCUGUGACCUACCUGCCAGGGCUAUGGUUUCUUGUAUGAAACAGCAUAAUGGUAUAUGUGCUUGCAUAUACUGUUACCACACUGGCAUCACUGUGGGAGAUGACCACUUGCACCGCUAUUGGCCUUACAACUCCACUGCAGCUUGUCGGACACAUGAAAGCAUCAUUCGUGAUGUGCUUGAAGCAGUACAAUCAAAGACAGCUGCAAGUGCCAUUUCAUUAUGUUUGAGUGUAUCUACAAUAAGUCUUGUGUCACAGGUAAAUGGAAUGCACCCAGUAGCAUCCCCUCUUCUAGCUGCUAAAGGAUUUAAUCUUGUGGAUGGAGUAGCUAUUGACUACAUGCAUGUUGUGUGCCUCGGAGUCACGAGAAAUCUGCUAGAAAAGUGGCUAAGCGACCGUUCUUCAGCAUACUUUAUUGGUCACAAGAUACAGUUCUUGGACAAGAGGCUCCUUUCCAUUGCCCCAGCUAAUAUUAUCAUUAGGACCCCUCGCACUCUGAAAGAGUUCAAUACAUGGAAAGCUAAUGAACUCAGGUCAUGGCUCUUUUAUUGGUCUGUUCCUGUUCUGCGAGGCAUAUUGCCAACAGAGUACUACGUGCAUUACUGUUUACUUGUUGCUGCUUGCCGUACACUGUGUGGAACUACAGUGUCACGUGAUGACAUUAACCAAGCAAGAAAGUUUUUGCAGAAAUUCUAUGACCGCCAUGAACUGCUGUAUGGAAUCACAGCAUGUACAAUGAAGGUCCACCUUCUCCAGCAUUUGGCAGAUUGUGUGGAAAAGUGGGGCUCUUUAUGGGCAUACUCCACUUUCUGGUUCGAGUCGCUCAAUGGAAUCCUGAGAAGAUAUGUACAUGGUACUCGUUUUGUUUCCAAUCAAAUCGCAUCAGCAGUCACAGCAAUCAAAGCAAUUCCAGCAAUGUUACCGUCAAUACAACAACACAUGAAUCAGCCAGAAGUUCUUGCUCUAGCUGACAAGUUUGGACUGUUAGAAGCACGUGUUUUAGAAAGUGAUUCACCAAUAGGGAAGCAGCUGAUUUCUACCAUAGAAGACCAUUUUGUUGACACCUUAAACGCUCUCCUCAGAUCUAGUGGAGAUGCAGAAAUACACAACAAUACAGUCACCACUCUUCAGAGCUUCAUGCUGCACUGCCAUCGAAUUCAAUCGCGGACAAGUUGUUCUCCAUCUCGAAAUUCUUACACCGUGGAAUUCAAGGAGCUUGAAGAAACUGCAUUUGGUUUUAUUGAAGUAAUCAUCAAACAUGAAAGAAGGUUCUUUGCUAUCAUACAACGAAUUGACAUUGAAGACUGGUCUAUAAACACAGUGCAAGAGGACUACCUUUCUGACAUUGUUUUAGAGUAUGGAGAUUUGCAAUCUCUUCUUGGUCAGAACAUCAUGCCAGCACAUCAGUCCGACUGCUACUUAGCAGUAGAAAUCAGUACAAUUACUGAUAAGUUGAUGUGUAUUAAGAUGGACGGAUCUACUUGCUUCUUUUUGGCAAGACUGCCUAAUGUUAUUGAAUGUGACUAAGAAUUUAAUUAAAGUUGAAAUUUCAAUGUAGGUUUUAUACUGCUCUAGUUUAUUGAAUUCAACUGGCAGACUGAA